AUGCUGGGUUUGGGGAGACCGGAUAUAGUGAAUGCUGGGUUUGGGAGACCGGAUAUAGUGAAUGCAGGGUCCGGGGAGACCAGAUAUAGUGAAUGCUGGGUUUUGGGGAGACCGGAUAUAGUGAAUGCAGGGUCCGGGGAGACCAGAUAUAGUGAAUGCAGGGUCCGGGGAGACCAGAUAUAGUGAAUGCUGGGGUCCGGGGAGACCAGAUAUAGUGAAUGCUUGGUUUGGGGAGAGCAGAUAUAGUGAAUGCAGGGUCCGGGGAGACCAGAUAUAGUGAAUGCAGGGUCCGGGGAGACCAGAUAUAGGGAAUGCAGGGUCCGGGGAGACCAGAUAUAGCGAAUGCAGGGUCCUGAGAGA